AGAGGCGCGGGGGUGCCCAGCGUUUUGUAUCCCCGGCUCCGGCCGCAUUCCGAGAUACCACAGAGGUGCCUCGGGGCCUCAGUCGUCCCUCCUGGCCAGUCCUUGAGGCCUGAGCGACUGAGGCCCGAGAUCUGGACAUCAGGGUUUUCCGCGCUGCUCAGAUUCCAAAUGAAAAUGUUUGAGAACGUUGACUCUACAACUACAAGACCUGGCCCGGAUCUUUGGGCUGAAAUCUGUUCCUGUCUGCCACAUCCUGACCAAGAGGAUAGUGCCAGCAAUGCUUUCUCAGACUCCUUUAUGGAUUCUUACCCUGCAGGCACAGGCCAGAGGGAGGCCCCAGACUUUGCUGUGCAGCCAGCUGUAAAGCCUUGGGCACCCCUGCAGGAUUCAGAAGUGUAUUUAGCAUCUCUAGAGAAGAAACUGAGAAGAAUCAAAGGUUUACAUCAGGAAGUGACUUCCAAGGACAUGCUUCGUACCCUGGCCCAAGCAAAGAAGGAAUGCUGGGAUCGGUUCCUCCAGGAGAAGUUAGCAUCAGAAUUCUUUGUGGAUGGACUUGAUUCUGAUGAGAGCACCUUGGAACAUUUCAAGAGGUGGCUCCAGCCAGAUAAAGUAGCCAUCAGUACGGAGGAGGUCCAGUAUCUGAUUCCUCCAGAGUCGCAGGUUGAGAAGCCAGCGCCCGGGGACGAGCCAGCAGCAGUGGAACAAUAAAUUACACACACACACACACACACACACACACACACGCCCAGCAGCUGUCUUGGUUCCAGAGGGAACAGCAGAGAGCUCGGCAGCGGCAGCAGCAAGGAGAAAUCUAGGGAGGGAAAAAGCCCAGCCUUCCACUCCACCAAGCAAGCAGCUGCGGGCCCCUGAGGACUUGCUGGGGGCUGGCACGUGUGACUGUCUUGGGUAAAGUGACUGACCCAGUGGGUGCUGGAUCAAAAUACCGCCUUCCUCUCUGUCUCACAGCUUGUCUGAGCUCUGUUGCUGCAGGUGAGAAGUCUGCUGAGAACCUAGUGAAGGACCAAGUGUGAAAGUAUUUGGAGAAACUGAUACCCUUGUGUAUAAUGGAUAAGUUAAGUGAGCCAUAUUUUUUCUCGCCUCUUCUGGAUGGUCCCACCUGUGUUCCAAGCGUUCCCUUGGUAAAUUGUCAGGGAUGCGUGGCACCGAAGAGAGUGAAGUCUGCUUCCUUGAAUCCAAGACCCAUCUGAGGCUUCUCUAACAAGUCCAUAAUAAAUAUAGGGACUUUAGGAAAAAGAGGCUGGGCUUUUCCUUCGUCUGAUUUAUUUCUUGUGGGGAAAAUGAACGAAAGAAGUGUGAAAAUACAGGUGUUUCUGUGUAUACAUGUAUAUUUUUUAUUUCAUGCAUGGUUUCUCCCCUGACUUCCUCUGGCACUUAAAAAGAGCCAGGUUCCAAAUUAGACUUGUGUUUAUGGUAUUGGUAUUUGAAACCACUCCUGAAUAAUUCCACGCCUACUCCUUGCGGCAGCUUUCCUGGCUAAGCCUAUGCUUCCUACCUUGUUUAUGGUGUUCUUGUUCAGUUGGUAUUGUCCACAUAAAACUUUUCUCAUCAGA